AUGUACGCUCCUCGGUGGCUCACUGCCGAGAUCGAUACGCGAUGGGCAGAUUUGAUCUUGAUCGGGUGCUGCUUCACUAGCGGAAUUGUCGAUGGCGUUGCAUUCAACGGGUGGAGCUCCUUUGCGGGCAUGCAGACAGGUAAUACCAUUUUUGUUGGAUUGGGAGUUUCCGGACAGCCAGCGUACAGCAGUUAUGGCUGGGCCAAAUCCUUAAUGGCAGUUGUAUGCUUCGCUGUGGGCGCAUUUUGCUUCAGUCGAGUUUCGCGGUUUCUUGGAGCUCGACGUCGCGGCACUUUGAUGCUCUCCUUCGGUGUGCAAGCAGCUUUCAUCCUUGCUACGGCAAUUGUAGUCCAGGCAGGAGCUGUUUCGCACCAUGUUGCCGUGGAAGGCGAGCAUAUCCAUUGGCUCCAACUUCUGCCUCUCGGACUGCUGGCUGUUCAGGCCGCGGGUCAAAUGGUUGCAUCACGCCUGUUGGCAUAUAACGAACUUCCGACGCUGGUCGUCACGAGCGUGCUUUGCGACUUGUUCAGUGAUACUCGCCUCUUUCUCGUCUCCUGGACGGAAAAUCCGCAAAGAAAUAGACGAGUUGCAGCUGUUAUUGCAAUCUUCCUUGGAGCACUUGUCGCAGGUUUCAUGUCGAAGUUGCGAGGACUUAAUAGUGCGUUGUGGCUAGCUUUUGCGUUGAAAGCUUCUUUCACGUUGGCAUGGGCAUUUUGGAGGGAGAAGAGGGAGAACAAGGCUCUUCCAAAAUGA